CGGCCUUUUCGGAGCUAUCGCAAAUAAAACCGUCCUGAAGUGCUGCUUCUCCUUUUCUGCAUUAAAUAAUCUCUAUUUUGCAUGCGGGUUUUAUUAAAGUAGACAAAUUAACAUUAAAAGGCAACAUUAAACCAUCAAGCAUGAUUCCGGCCAUUCUGUCGCAUUUUCAGCAGCCUCCUGCCUGUUUACGGUCUCAUUAGUUCAGCAGCUAAUCACUGGAUUUAAUCACUAAUUAACAGCUGCGACACACAGGCCGCACAUUCUGUUUUCAUAGCCGCACUUGGAGCGUCUCCUCCCGGACUCCGUCGCCUCCUCCUUCCGCCCCUCCUGGUGCUCCUGGUUCUCCUCCAGCCGCAGGAUGGACACCUCCUGGAGCAAUUUCCUCUUUCAGACGCCGUCGACUCAGAACCAGCCGGAGACGCAGCUGCAGUCGGAGCUGCUGCCGGAUCUGACCGGCGCCGCUCAGAGUCCUCCGGCUGAACACAUCGUGGCGCCGCCGUCCACCGUCGACACCGCCGCCCUGAGCGAGGAGCCGCUGCCGGUGAAACCUCUGACCAAACCGAGCCGUCCGGCCCACAUCUGCGCCACCUGCAACAAGGAGUUCAAGAACAGCUACAACCUGCGGCGGCACCAGUCGGUCCACACCGGCAUCAAGAUGAAGGACCGGGCGGCGCGGGAGAAGGAGGACGGGGCGAAGGCGGGUCGUCUGGAGAAGCAGACGGUGCCGCUGUCCCUCCUCCACCUCACCCUCCCCCCGCAGCCUCCCCCACAGCCCGCCGCCAACGCCGCCGCCCUCCCCCAGCCGGGUCAGCUGACCAACCAGGAGGGCCAGCCGGUGUCCGUGUCCAUCGCCCCGGCAACCGUCACCAUGGCUGCACCGCCUCAGCCCAUCCAGGCGGCCGUUGUCGUCGUCGGGUCCAUGGAGCAGAAUCCAAACCCCGCCCCCAUCGCCAACACCAACCAGGUGAGGAAGAACCACGCCUGCGAGGCCUGUGGGAAGGCCUUCAGAGACGUCUACCACCUGAACCGACACCGGCUGUCGCACUCGGACGAGAAGCCCUACUCCUGCCCCAUCUGCCAGCAGCGCUUCAAGAGGAAAGACCGGAUGAGCUACCACGUCCGCUCGCACCAGGGCGGCGUCGAGAAGCCCUACGUCUGCCCGCACUGCGCCAAGGCCUUCUCCAGACCGGAUCAUCUGAACAGUCACGUCCGACAGGUUCACUCCACAGAGAGACCCUUCAAGUGCACGACGUGCACGUCGGCGUUCGCCACUCGGGAUCGUCUUCGAGCUCACCUGAUUCGCCACGAGGAGAAGGUUCCGUGUCACAUCUGCGGGAAGCUGCUGUCGGCCGCUUACAUCACCGACCACAUGAGAGUCCACAACCAAUCACAGCACCAUGCCUGCCACCUCUGCAACCGCAGCUUCACCACGCUCACCUACCUGCGGGUCCACGCCCAGAAGCACCACGGUCAGGAGUGGAAGGAGAGCGGCGGGGCUCGGGGUGGGUUCGGCGGGACCAGUGCCGGCGGCAUCCUGCUCUGUCAGCUCUGCGGCGUCCAGUGUAAGACGGCCACGCAGCUGCAGGGUCACAUGGGCACCCACGCCAACCAGGGCGACCCGGGGCCCGACCCGACCAGCGCCGGACCCGUCGGCACCACCAGCGUGGCCGUCACCGUGUCCAGCGCCAGCACAGUGGGACUGCUGGUUACUGACUGCUCCAGUAUCGCCCCACAGCCACACAGCUAGCUGGGAGGGUCGGGGGUCCGGGGAGGGACGGGUGGGACCAGGAGGGGCCAGGGAGACAACAAAAAGACGUGGAGGACGAAACUGAGCAGCCCGUCCAGAUACUUUGUGCCACAGCUGGAUCUCAGUCAGGAGAACCCGCCUGGACGUUUGGUUUCAUGUUGUUUUGUUCUGAUCAACAGACUUUCUGUAUAAACUGUACGAGUCGAGGAGGGACGAUGACGAAACCUCCGUUUGUUCCUAAAAGAGGAAAUUUAAUGUGUAUUUUUAUUCUUCUGGCUUAGUGACUAGCUGUCAUCAUUUCAUGGUUUUAAUUUCCAGCACAGCCGCUCAUGAUUUUGUAAAGCUGUUUUUAUAUCCCAUGAUAUCCGUGUUUGUUUCUGACGAGGACCUCAGUGACUUACAGUGAAUUUAAACGGUUUUUACUCCCCUGGAACUUUUUGACUUUUAUUCCUUUUCAACUUUCAACUUAAUUUGUCUUUAUUGACAAGAAUUUACCAAAAAAAAGAUUAUUUUAUGUCAAAGUUCAGUUCAGUUUAUUUGUCAUUUGCAGUACAAAACCACAUUGGAAAGAGGUACAAGAAGCUCAAAGUGCACUGUCAACAUCUAAAAACAACAAAUACAGAAGAAAAUAGGACAGUAAAAAGAACAGAGAUAAGAUGCCACAUAAAAUACUGAAGAAUAAAGUACUAAGAUCCAAUAAAUAGUUCAUAAAAAAUUUAAAAAACCAUGUUAGACUCAAGGUGCAUUAUUUAGAGUCAUCACAGCUUGUGGGAAGAAGCUCUUUAAAUAACGAGAUGUGGUACAUUUCAUUGACCGAUAUCUUUUCCCUGGGGGAGGGACUUCAAACAUGGUCCUGGCAGGAUGGCCUGAAGAAUCAUUUACAAUCUGUAAAGCACAGUGUAAAAGUCUUGCUUUAUAUGUGGCCUCCAGGAGCGGCAAAGUGCAGCUGAUGGUCCUUCUGGCUGAGCAAACCACUUUAUCCAAAACCUUCUUUUCUUUCAGUGAGAACAGGUUUCUACUAAGUAAUGUCAAUUAAUUAAAAACAGAAAAUAAGUGAUGCUGCCACCACCAUGCUUCAAGUCAUGAUGCUGCCACCACCAUGCUUCACAUCAUGAUGCUGCCACCAUCAUGCUUCACAUCAUGAUGAUGCCACCACCAUGCUUCACAUCAUGAUGCUGCCACCACCAUGCUUCACAUCAUGAUGAUGCCACCACCAUGCUUCAGAGUGGGGUUGGUGCAUUUUCACAUUUACAUGAAAAAGUCUUUAUUAUAAAUUCUUAACAGAAAAGCCAAAUUAAACUGACAGUCAUUCAGUGUUAGAAAUCAAUAAAAUGAGAAAACUUCCAGGAGGGUUAAUACUUUAUAUUGCCACUGAAUAUCAGAUUCUUCUCUAAUUUAUUUCCGAGCAGCGUAAGGUUUGUCAGAUCCUUCACAGGACGGCAGAGAGAGUGUUUCUGAUGGGCCAUCGUGUACAUACACUUUUAUAAAGCUGACGAAGAACUAGUUUGUAUAUAUUCCCCAUGAACACUGAAUGUGCAUAAUUCUGCUUCAUAUGAUCUUUGUUCUUAAUCUGGAUGCUGAUUUGUAACUUUAAAAAUUGUAAUUUGUAGCUACCUUGGUGACACAUUUUCUGUGGCUGUGCAUAUUGAUUGUACUUGAUGCAUAGUGCAUAGCGCCUCGUUACUGUAUUAAAAGGCAGUAAAAUGCA